AUGUACCCUCAAAAAUCUUCAAAGAUUGUUGAUAAAUCUAAUAAUGAACAAGUUUGUAACACUGUACCAGUUCCAGUUCUUAAAACAGAAUCACCAACUUUUCAUGAUGAACCUAUGGAAGAUGUUUUUUCGACUAGUAAAUCAGCGAUUUCUAAAUUUACGAGUGCAUAUCGUCAAGAUUCAGGAUUUUCAGAAUCUAAAGCUG